GUGUUUCUCCCUAAAUUGAAACGGUGUAAAGUGUUUAACAAGCGGUUUUAUUUAUCGCCAAUUCGCCCAAUAUAUCCAAAGCUACGUUUUAUUUGCACACUUGAAUCGCCAUAUCAACAUGACGAACAGAUUUGCAAUUGGAUUGGGUCUCAGUAAAAUUGAAAUGAGUCACACUUUACUUGAUUGAUGCAUUAGGUUCCAUUAUGUGGCAUUAGUCAGAACCACAAGUUAAAUGAUGGAAGACUGUGUCUCUACAAACUAUUGCUAGUUAUAGUGAAAAUGGAACGAUAUCUUUACUGUUGUGUAUUUGAUAGCCCGUGCAAACAAAAAGCCAUGUGAUAAAAACCCACCAGUAGCAGCACUGCAGACUUUCUCCGACGUAGUACUGCAACGGAGCUACAGACUUGGCUCAGUCGGUUAAGAGAGAUACAAACGAUACUAGUUAUGUUUGUCAAUGCGAACGUGGAAAACCGAAUGACUCACGUGGACGGAUACUAUUUGCAAAGUGUCUACAACGUGCUGUCGCUGCUGGUGCUAGAGUGACCCGUGAUAGCAUUAAUCAUUGGAGUAAAAAGAAAUUGUCGGAAAAGGAAUUGAGUUUUUGUUGUAUUUCUGACCGACCAUGAAGAGUGUUUAAUAUUUUUCUACAUGGCAUAAUCAAUUAUUGGAUUCUGUCAUGAAGAUUUCAUCGUGUGUUCCGUUAUCGUUGGUUUCCGGUUAGCCAUCGGACGCAAUCACAACGAUGAUAUUCCAUGACACUAAAAUAUACUCCAGCAAAAAACGUUCGUUAAUUAAUGUCGAAGCGGCCGUUAAUCUGGUUUCAUAAUCUUACAGGAGAAAAAAAUUGAUCAUGAAUUAUGGCCUCUGCGGCCAAAUCGGUAGACGGGAUUUUUUCUUUAACAAUCUAAAUCCUUGAUUCACUUUAACCCGAUGUGUUUCAAUCGAGGAUGAGGUCACGGCAGCAUGAUUAAAAUGCUGUAAAUACUCUAACUACAGAAAAAUGUUUUUCUUAGAAAGUGACAAAAAACGACAACGUUUAAAGCGUUUGAUAAGCACCGAAGCACCGAAUGCUAAUGCCAACAAAGGUACAACACGAUUGACGUGAAAUGUCGAGGAUUUGUAAUUGUUGGGGAUUUGGUUACUUUCCUUGCACUAAGUCAACCGGCCAGUUCCUUCUCCAUUACUGGCCAUCGACGCACUCGAACGUUAAUGAAGGUAUCAUAAGCUACGGCACGGGAGUCAGUUUUUUGGUACGAUGGGAAAGAUGGUGGAAGUUCGAUGAGGCGUAACGAAAUGGACUCCCCGCUAUAUGAAAGCAAAAGCCCCUUUUAGCAGUUCCGCAUCGGCAAACCGACCAGGCCGGCCGACAGAAUUAUAGGAAGGUAAUUCGAAUAAAAAGACGGACCCGACCGAGGUGACGGGAUGGGAUCCUUUUUGAGGCUUCUCUUAUUAGCUGCCACAAAUGGAAUCCCCGAGGUCAAGAAACGUCUUACAACUUCAUAGGCGAAAAACCGCCUACGGUAUGGUGGACACAAUUUCUAAACAUUACACUAUUCGUGUAUGUGUGUGAAAACUUCGGUUUUCAGGUCCCCAGGUGAGGGAGGCCAGACCUCCUCCUUCCUUCUUAAUACUCAGGGAACCAAUGUCGAAUUUCAGCCCGGGUCGCUACGUAUUUACCACCACGACAAGGUUUUUGCGUUGUGUGCGAGUGAACGAGCAAAGGGUUUUGCUGUAGUUUGUGGUAAAGAAACCUGCUUCAAUUGACUUUAGAUAUAAUUACAACGGCAAUAUUGAAUUACGGGCACAUUUUUGUUUAUAAUGCGCCGUUGGUGUGCACUGAAGUGUGUAUGGCGACUGUGGAAUUGCAACUAGCUCCCGGCGAAAAGCCCUUCGGAUGGGUGUUUUUGGACGAAUCUGGAAUCUGGUUCAAACCUCAACCCAUGAGAAACGGGUUGAUUAAUAAAAGUGUCAUUGAGAUAUUUUGGCGAAGUUUGUAGCCUGUCCUUUCACAGCCCAGAGACCCAGCGACCCAGCGAAUGUAGCGUAGAUGCUAUUCGCCAAUCAUCGCCAAUAUGUUGAGAUGGUGAACUCUGGAAGAUUCUUUUUGCUUUGUUGUAGAAUCUAUCAAUUUCUGAAGCAUGUCGGUGACAGCGUUUGGCUUCAUUUUCGUCCGUGUCCUGUAUCACUUAUUGGCGGAACGUUUCGUCAACGUAUUGGAAUGUUCGGGCUGAUCAAAAUGGUCGUAUUUGUUUUUUCGUCUUUGUGUCACCAAGUCGAAAAGUCCUUUUUUGCAGUCACAUUGUUCAGGAUUGGGAUCGGUAGUUACAUUCCAAAGAUCGAGGCCAUUGAUAAGACUUGCGCAAUCGCUACAGGGCAACGCAAAGGCACCAACAUAUUUGCUUGAUAAUAAUGAAUACCGAUGGAGGACGAGUGGCUGAUGAUGCCAGUGACAUGUCGUAAUGUUCCAGAAUGGAUGAGAAUCACUGGCUAAGAUCCCAAUCGGUGCUUGCGAUUCGCGUACCGUACCGAAGCAUCGAGCAGAUCGCAGGGAUGCGGUCGAGUUAGUCUUGUCGUGCGAUUGAGCGGAAGCUGAAGCGCUAAGAAGAGUGCAAUAAGAGUCCCGGCACAGGGAAAACACCCGAGAAAAGCCCCCCACAUUGUGUAGUGCCGUGUAGUACGGUGUGUGUGUACAGUCGUUCUCAAAGUUGGCGCGACGUGAAAUCGGACACCAGCCAAUCCACCCGCCCGAGAAGAAUAGUGAAAUUCGAGGGUGCAAUCGAGAAAGGACGUGUACCGGAACGGAACCGAAGGAAAACAACCGUUCUGAAACCUGUUCUGAAAGCAGCCGGCACGGAACGGAACGGAGGUAACUAACUAGCCCUACCCCCAACCACGGUCACAGCUGCAUCGUUGUGUGGAUCUUUCGCUUUCAUUAGCGCUGCGAAGUGUUUUGUUUUGGUGCUGCACACUCUACGGACGGCAGGUGUCGUGGGCGCAAUUCGUUCGCUCGGCUUGCUAAUCGAAUUAGACCCGACGGUCGCAACGCGUCGCAAACAAACAACUCGCGGGCAUCGAACACGGUUGUUGCUGGUCUUGGUCUGGCUGCUGGACAUUCUCCCGAAAAGGCACGCCAUUCAUUUAGCCGAAUCCUAAGCGAACGGCGGACCGCAACCGCCCAUCAAGUACGGGGUAAGACUCCGCGAUAAGAUGGCGCAAUCACCAGCAUCGCGGCGACUAACGCGCGACGAAUCCGAGGACAGUCCGGUCGAGUUCGUGGUGGUAGAAUCGGAUGUGUCGAUGUCCGAUGCGGGUCUCAGCACACCAGAGAAGAAACCGAAGAAGAAGCGCAGUGGCCUAUCGUUCAAGAAACUGCGCAGCAACGCGCAAAAGCUUAUCCCGAAGCGAGGUCGAAAGGAUGCAUCGGCGAAAUCGUCCGAGACAAGCUCGCUCGGUGGUGAUUCGGGUGUGGUGAGCGGCGGUACGGAUGAGCUGCUUCCGGCAACUCCUUCCCCACCCCCACCUGAUUCACCGACGGCGACGGAGACAUCUUUCGAUACCGUACUCAAGUCGACCGAAAGCCUACCGGCAAUCAAGGAAGAUCCGGUACGUGAAGCAGCGCUUCUUGGGGCCCGUUCGGACGAGGAUAUGCUGCUGGAAGGAAAGGAUAAACAGCGGCAGAAAAAAGCGCGCAAACCAAGUCGUGCGGCUAGUUUCAUGAAGAAGCUGGCUGGACGUGCUAAAUCGUCGAAGGUGGCACCAAACCCGGAGGGAUCGCCAACAGUCGGUGGAGCUUCCGAGGGUGAUGAGAUAUCGUCCGGGACGCUCGAGACUCCGCUGAGCAUCAAGCGCCAAACCCCGGAAGGUGCCAUGUUUAUCUCGGGCACUGAGCUGUACCAAGAUGGCGACAGAGACGAUGGUACCUCGGUGGAUCCUCCAUCGCCAGUUCUCGUGCGUCAGCUCGAUGCGGAACCGACGGCACUAAGGGCCAAGCGGACUGAAAUGAAAAUCACGCUUACACGCAGCUUGGCGAAACCCACGACGAUUGAAACCUCUCUGGAUGACGAAGACACCGAUGCGAACGGGAUCCGGAGCAACGAUGGCGACAAGAGCAAUGGUCUGAAUGUUGCUCGGAACGCUUUCGCUGAGAACAGGGAGCUCGCAAUCGACUCUAAACCAAUUAGCUCAGACAGCGUUAAUGUGCCGUCACCGAGGGUAUCAAUCGGGUUUGAACAAUCGCCGCAGUUGAUCGCAGCCAUUCGUACGCAACAGUCAUCAUCAUCCACGUCAUCCGUUGAUGCGCGCCUGUCCAGUCUGUUGAGCGGCGACUACAUUGCGGAGAUCAAUAAGUUUUCCAUCGAGAACAUUACCAACGCCGGCGCAGGUUUAGUAGCAGGAGGAGGAGGAGGAGGUGGUGGUGGAGGAGUAGCAGGAGAAGGAGCAGCAGAUUUGCCACCCUUGCCGCAACCGCGUGCAUCGUUGUCGAUUCGGGAGCGAUUCUUCCAGCAGCCGGUAGUGACGGGCGAGAGCGGACCAGCGACAAACUUAAAUUCGCAGGACAUUGCACCACCGUCGUCGAUUGUCGUCGACGAGGAAAUAGACGGUUUUAUGAGGAAAGCGAGGGGAGCGAGUUCGGCCACCGGAUCCGGAGGAACAGCGCGAUCGAAGGGAGGGAGCAAGAGUCCAGCGACAGUUGACAAACCGACAGCGGGUGUCGCUGGCGGGCAGCAGCAAGACUUGUCGUCGUCGUCGUCCUCAUCGUCGACGUCGGCAAGUAAGGCAGCUUCUACGGUACGUACACAGGAAGCGGCUAAACCAUAUCAACUGGGCAAUAGCCUAAAGAAUCCCAACAAUUCUGGAUUUAAAUCGAUCGAACAGCAACGCGAACUACAGCAGCAGCCGGCCGACCAGCAGCAACAGGGUCCAGUGCCAGCGAACGUCGACGUGGACGGCAAGGGGGACAUCGCAGAGAAGCAAGACGAGGAACAGGGCGACUCCAUCCCAACUGAACCGGCGAUUGUGUUCGAUAUCGGAACUCAGGCAACCAUGGCGACUGGACAGGCCGAGAAGCGUGAGCAUCUCUACAAAAUUCUCGUCAUUGGCGAGCUCGGUACUGGCAAGACGUCCUUCAUCAAGCGAUAUGUGCAUCAGUUCUUCAGCCAAAACUAUCGCGCCACUAUCGGAGUGGAUUUUGCGCUCAAAGUGCUCAACUGGGACCAGAACACGAUCAUCCGCCUCCAGCUGUGGGAUAUUGCUGGGCAGGAACGGUUCGGUAACAUGACCCGCGUAUACUACAAGGAAGCAGUUGGUGCAUUUAUCGUUUUCGACGUAACACGCAGUGCCACAUUUGACGCGGUGAUCAAGUGGAAAAACGAUCUGGAUUCAAAAGUGCAACUUCCCGAUGGCAAACCUAUUCCGUGCAUACUCUUAGCCAACAAGAGUGAUCAGCAAAAGCAGGGAAUUGUGACGACACCCGCCAAACUGGACGAGUACGUCAAGGAGCACGGAUUUGCCGGCUGGUUCGAAACGUCAGCAAAAGAGAACGUUAAUAUUGAAGAAGCGGCCAAAUCAUUAGUUAAUAAGAUUUUAAUGAAUGACAAACUGUUAAACACGGGUGAGGUUAUGGAUUCCGAACGGUUCGGCCUAGUUGGAGCAAAGACGGAUACGAGCCAGAAGAAAUCCUGUUCCUGCUGACCAAACUCUCGACCUCAAUCAGCCUUGCGUCGCAACACACACACUGGCCCGAGGACCUUAUUGGGUUACAGAUGUGUGUUGUGGCGCGUUGUUUAUGUGUGUGCAUGUGUGACCGUUCUGCAGUUACGCCAUCGCUUAUUAUUUGCUUACGUUUGUUUGUUUAACUUUUAGUUGUUUUUUUUAUCAUGUUUGACUUUCCUUGUCUUUCCCCAUUAUUUCCCCCAUUCCCAAUGUCUUUAAUAACACGUUGAUUAUCACUAACUAUUAUACUACUCUAAAACUGUACGCUACUCCACAACUAUGAUCAUAAUCGCGUUUUUACUAAAACACUAGACCAAUAACUAAGCCAAAACCACACGCGACCAUUCAUCAACUGUUGUUGCACACGAUUCGUGAAGUUUUUCGGCUGCUACGAACGCAGCCAAAAACGGAUCGAACAAGCCGAGCCACUUACAUGGUACCCGCUAAAGGGUGAACCGAAUUAACCGAAACCAUCCACAAGUAAAGAGUUUUGCGGAAGUAGAGCUGAUGGUAUUAAAUCCUCCCAUCCACCGUAUUGGGUGGGCGAUCGAUUGUUAUUGUUGAUGAUGAAGAAGAUCUUGUUGGCGUUUUAAGAUGAAGGUGACACAGGCCAUUUUAAUCGGUGGCAAAUCAAAUUGCACGUUGAUCGUAAUGGAAGAAACAAAUUGUAGGGACACGUGUUCAAAUUAACAAAAAAAAAAUCAUGAAAGUGCAAAAGAAUAUUUACUGCUUUCUAUAACGCUUUAAAAAAACACAUAAAACAUGUUUCGGGCUAAAGAAUUUAGGAUCGAAAAGAUAUAUUGUGCAGAAGAAAUAUGGCAUCAAGGAUGGGGAUGUGUUCGCAACCGUUCUGUUUAUAGAAAUCAUCUCGUCCCCAUAUCGCAGACAAAUGGCUUUCAUCGCGCUCUAUAAACCCCAUCGACCAGCAGGCAACUGGAUAGAUGCAACGCGUGAGAGCUAGAACGCCCAAAUCGGCUUAACUUAUUCGGAUAGUUCGCGUUCGCGCCUAACAAUGUGUGAGUAUCGUCUGCGACCAAAUGCAGCUGAAAGGACACCGUACGAUAAAUCGAUAGGUUAGAGAACAGAAGAUAAAAUGUUUUGAAAGAGGAAGAA